GGGGCGUUGACGUCAGCGGCCUCUUCCGCCGCAGCCGCCGCCAUCGCCGGCGCGCCUCGCUCUUCUCGUCUGCCCGGGAGCAUCCGCCGCCAUCCGCCGCCAUGGUGAACUUCACGGUGGACCAGAUCCGCGCCAUCAUGGACAAGAAAGCCAACAUCAGGAACAUGUCCGUCAUCGCCCACGUGGACCACGGCAAGUCCACGCUGACGGACUCCCUGGUGUGCAAGGCGGGCAUCAUCGCCUCGGCCAGGGCCGGGGAGACCCGCUUCACCGACACUCGGAAGGAUGAGCAGGAGCGCUGCAUCACCAUCAAGUCCACCGCCAUCUCCCUCUUCUACGAGCUCUCCGAGAACGACCUGAACUUCAUCAAGCAGAGCAAGGACGGCUCUGGCUUCCUCAUCAACCUCAUCGACUCCCCAGGCCACGUGGACUUCUCCUCGGAGGUGACAGCUGCCCUGCGCGUCACCGACGGAGCUCUGGUGGUGGUGGACUGCGUGUCCGGCGUGUGUGUGCAGACGGAGACGGUGCUGCGGCAGGCCAUCGCCGAGCGCAUCAAGCCCGUGCUGAUGAUGAACAAGAUGGACCGGGCUCUGCUGGAGCUGCAGCUGGAGCCUGAGGAGCUGUACCAGACCUUCCAGCGCAUCGUGGAGAACGUCAACGUCAUCAUCUCCACCUACGGCGAGGGCGAGAGUGGACCCAUGGGCAACAUCAUGAUCGACCCGGUGCUGGGCACCGUGGGCUUCGGCUCCGGCCUGCAUGGCUGGGCCUUCACCCUGAAGCAGUUUGCAGAGAUGUAUGUGGCCAAAUUUGCAGCCAAAGGCGAGGGCCAGUUGGGGCCAGCCGAACGGGCCAAGAAAGUGGAGGACAUGAUGAAGAAGCUGUGGGGUGACCGGUACUUUGAUCCAGCCAAUGGCAAGUUCAGCAAGUCCGCUAACAGCCCCGACGGGAAGAAGCUGCCCCGGACCUUCUGCCAGCUUAUCCUGGACCCCAUCUUCAAGGUGUUCGACGCCAUCAUGAACUUCAGGAAGGAGGAGACGGCCAAGCUGAUCGAGAAGCUGGACAUCAAGCUGGACAGCGAGGACAAGGACAAGGAGGGCAAACCCCUGCUCAAAGCUGUGAUGCGCCGCUGGCUGCCCGCCGGGGACGCCCUCCUCCAGAUGAUCACCAUCCACCUGCCGUCCCCCGUCACCGCCCAGAAGUACCGCUGUGAGCUGCUCUACGAGGGGCCGCCUGAUGACGAGGCCGCCAUGGGCAUUAAGAGCUGCGACCCCAAGGGCCCUCUCAUGAUGUACAUCUCCAAGAUGGUGCCAACCUCCGACAAAGGCCGCUUCUAUGCCUUCGGGAGAGUGUUCUCCGGGGUGGUGUCGACGGGACUCAAGGUCCGGAUCAUGGGUCCCAACUACACCCCUGGGAAGAAGGAGGACUUGUACCUGAAGCCCAUCCAGAGAACCAUCCUGAUGAUGGGCCGCUAUGUGGAGCCGAUCGAGGACGUGCCCUGCGGGAACAUAGUGGGUCUGGUCGGUGUAGACCAGUUCCUGGUGAAGACUGGGACCAUCACCACCUUUGAGCACGCGCAUAACAUGCGUGUGAUGAAGUUCAGCGUCAGCCCUGUUGUCAGAGUCGCUGUGGAGGCCAAGAACCCCGCUGACCUGCCCAAGCUGGUGGAGGGGCUGAAGCGGCUGGCCAAGUCCGACCCCAUGGUGCAGUGCAUCAUCGAGGAGUCCGGGGAGCACAUCAUUGCGGGAGCAGGCGAGCUGCACCUGGAGAUCUGCCUCAAGGACCUGGAGGAGGACCACGCCUGUAUCCCCAUCAAGAAAUCGGACCCUGUGGUCUCGUACCGGGAGACAGUGAGUGAGGAGUCCAAUGUGCUCUGCCUGUCCAAGUCCCCCAACAAGCACAACCGCCUCUACAUGAAGGCCCGGCCCUUCCCCGACGGCCUGGCUGAGGACAUCGACAAGGGGGAGGUGUCUGCUCGCCAGGAGCUCAAGGCUCGGGCACGCUACCUGGCUGAGAAGUACGAGUGGGAUGUCGCGGAAGCCCGGAAGAUCUGGUGUUUUGGGCCUGACGGCACCGGUCCCAACAUUCUCACCGACAUCACCAAGGGUGUGCAGUACCUGAACGAGAUCAAGGACAGUGUGGUGGCUGGCUUCCAGUGGGCCACCAAGGAGGGUGCGCUCUGCGAGGAGAACAUGCGUGGCGUGCGCUUUGAUGUUCACGACGUCACCCUGCAUGCUGAUGCCAUCCACCGAGGUGGCGGCCAGAUCAUCCCCACAGCACGUCGCUGCCUCUACGCCAGUGUGCUGACUGCACAGCCCCGCCUCAUGGAGCCUAUCUACCUGGUGGAGAUCCAGUGUCCUGAGCAAGUGGUGGGUGGCAUCUACGGUGUCCUGAACAGGAAGCGUGGUCACGUGUUUGAGGAGUCCCAGGUGGCUGGCACCCCCAUGUUUGUGGUGAAGGCCUACCUGCCUGUCAACGAGUCCUUUGGGUUCACGGCUGACCUGCGCUCCAACACGGGGGGCCAGGCCUUCCCGCAGUGCGUGUUCGACCACUGGCAGAUCCUGCCUGGGGACCCCUUCGACAACAGCAGCCGGCCCAGCCAGGUGGUGGCCGAGACCCGCAAGCGCAAGGGCCUCAAGGAGGGCAUCCCGGCGCUGGACAACUUCCUGGACAAACUGUAGGCGCCCGGGCUGCCGCUGCACGGUGCCUGCCCAUCACAAGACACCCGAGACUGUCCCCAUCUGCGCCCGAGGUCGCCGGCCACCCUGCCGCCAUCAGCACGAACGUUGACCGAUUCUAUUUAUUUCGGAAUUCCAAGGCGGCGGGGUCUCCUGCGGCUGGACUGGCGGGCCAUGGGGUGGGCGGGCGCGGCUCUAUCGGGAUGGAGAGGUCAGAGGUCUACUUGAUGCCUUCGGGGUUGCCAAGGAGUCUCCCCAGCGGGGAGGCGGCGCCUGCGGGACCCCGGCUGUGCGACCCUCGGAGUAAAUAAAUAAACGGCUAUGUUGA